AAUAACUUGGUCUGGUAUCUGUUGAGGCGAUCAUAUGUUGUCAAAGACUCCACCUCUGAAGUAGAGAGCAGCCUUCCUGGAGCUCAGUUAGACAUCACAGAGCUGUGAUCAUACGCACCACCAUGAAACAGAGCCUGAUAACAGCUCUAAUUCUCUGCAGCAUCAGCUGGAUCUCUGUCUCAGGUUCUGAGUCUCACACUGAGACUGUGGAGGGUCGGCCGGGUGGAGAAGUCACACUCACAUGUUCUAACACGUCCAGCCGAGACGCUCUAACACUCUGGUUGAGAGUGGUCGACAGAACCAAGGCCAGCUGGAUCUCCACAAUGAUCAGCUCUACAGGAAAACCUUUAUACAGUGAAGGAAUUCAAAAUGGAAGAUUCAGCAUGAGUACCAACAUCUCCACUCUCUCUCUCCAAAUCAAACAUGUGGAUGUAUCUGACUCUGGACUGUAUUUAUGUGGAUUUUACAUCGAAGGACGUUAUGAUUUCAGCACAAUACACUUCAAUGUUAAAGGCAGUGAUGAUUCUCAUGAUGACGCUGACAGGAAGUCUGAAAGCAGCGAUGAAUCUCAUGACGACGACAGGAAGUCUGAAACAGAGUCUGAUGGAACAGCAAAGCUGAUGAGUUUGAUCCUGGGAGCUCUGACUGUUCUCCUCUUAAUGAUCAUCAUUGGUCUGGUUGUUAAAAUCACCAAACUUCAGAAAGCUGCCAAUGAAGAACAGAAUCCACAACAGCCUGAGAACCGGGCCUCUGAAGAGCUGAACUACGCAGCUGUGGCUUUCCGUUCAAAAACAAUAAAAACAAGAGAAGUGGAGCCCAAUGUUGUGUAUGCUUCUACUAGAUAGACUCAGGAUGAAACCAGAGAAUAGUUCAGAAUAAAACUGAUGCUUUAUCAUAUUCAUCUGCAGAUGGUGGACAGGAGGACUGACAUCACUUUGUCAAAAGAAGGACAAAAGAUGUGCAACCUUCUUCCUAGUGCCGAGUUUGAAUUUUUAUCUCUUUUGAAGAUGUAAUUAGUCCACAUCAAUACAGAAAGAUUUGUAAAUGCUGACUUGAUAGCAGUGUGUCUAUGCUGGUAUGGGGAAUACAAUUCCAGAGACACAGCAGCAAUCCCGUUUUACAUUUGACUU